AUGAGCGUCCUGCUGGAAACCUCGCUGGGUGACAUCGUCAUUGACCUGUUGGUCGACGAAUCCCCCAAAGCUUGCGAGAACUUCCUAAAGCUAUGCAAAGUCAAAUAUUAUAAUUUUUCGCCCGUUCACAGCGUCCAAAAGAACUUCACCUUCCAGACCGGCGAUCCGAUUGGACCCGACUCCCCAGAAAGCGACGGUGGUUCGUCGAUAUGGGGCUUGUUGCGGGGUCCUUCUUACCGGACAUUUCCCCUCCAGCUCCCGCCCAAGCUGAAGCAUGAGGAACGCGGGACGGUGAGCAUGGCCACCGUUCCUUCCCCCAAUGACCCUGAUCUGCGCAUUGCCGCUAGUCAGUUCAUCGUCACACUCGGAGACAACCUCGACUACCUGGAUGGCAAGGCCGUGAUAUUCGGGAAAGUCGUGGAGGGGUUCGAUGUCCUGGAAAAGGUCAAUGAGGCCUUUAUCGAUGAUCGCGGUCGGCCGCUCAAAGACAUCCGUAUCCGUCAUACCGCCAUUCUCGAUGACCCCUUCGAUGACCCCCUGGGCUUGGUGGAGCCACCAGAGAGCCCUGUGCCGUCCAAGGCGCAGCUGGCUACGGUGAGAAUAGCUGAUGAUGAGAAGCUGGAGGACAACAUGGACGAGGAGUCAAUGGAGAAGCUCCGACGGGAGCGCGAGGCAAGGGCGCAGGCAUUGACACUGGAGAUGGUUGGCGAUCUUCCCUUCGCCGAGGUGAAGCCGCCAGAGAACGUCUUGUUCGUCUGCAAGUUAAACCCGGUCACUCAAGAUGAGGAUCUUAACCUGAUCUUCAGUCGCUUCGGGCCCAUACUGUCUUGUGAGGUCAUCCGGGAUAAGCGAACCGGGGACAGCCUACAAUACGCUUUCAUAGAAUUUGAAAACCAAAAGGAUUGUGAGCAGGCGUAUUUCAAGAUGCAGGGGGUCUUGAUUGACGACCACCGCAUCCACGUGGAUUUCUCCCAGAGUGUAUCCAAACUGUCCGAGAGUUGGCGCAAUGCUACCAUCUCCAAGCGCAGCAGCCAGCGGGGCGGCUUCGGCGGUGUAGCCGGUUUAGAAAAGAAGCGCCAGUAUCGGGCAUCUGAAAAUCCUCGACACCGGGACGAUUAUAACAUGGUCUUCGACAAGAAUGAGCCCAAUGGGAGGCCUGCUCGUCGUGACCAGUCCUACAGUCGAAGCCCACAGAGGGAAUUACUACGGGAUUCACAACGGGAGCGGCGAGUCAGUCGAAGUCCCAAACGGGACUCCUAUCGCAGUCGGUACCGGGAUCGAUCUUACAGCCGGAGCCCCCCACGGCGUGAUUCCUAUGGUGACAGAGACCGGCGGUUUAACGACAGCGAGCGUCGACGGGAUCGACGGGAUCUACGGGAUGAUGAUAGAUACCGGGAAAGGCGCCGUCGCUGA